ACCAACACUUGUAAAGGAUCAUCCCAACCGGCAGAACAACUAUUGAACGACACGAUCUAUCAUCACAUUUCUCACAUAGAACAAUCUCCACAUAUACCCGGCUUUAACGAUUCGUUCUUCGUUGCAGAUAUAGAAAAGAUCCGUCAUCAACAUGACAUUUGGGUAUCUUAUCUGCCUUAUAUUCGGCCUUUCUACGGCAAGAAAAAGCUCAUCCCCUACCACGUCCUAUUGAACUGAUGUGCAAAACAGCUGUAAAAUGCAAUUCCGACACAGUCUUGCUAAACGUCCUCAUGCAACUCGGCGCAGGCUUUGACUGUGCAUCCGUGGAGGAAAUGCAUACCGUCUUAUCUUUGGGUACUCACCCUAGUAGUAUUAACUUUGCAAAUCCAUGCAAGGCACCUGAAUCGCUUGCCUUUGCCUAUAAAGUCGGCAUUAGAAAGACGACUUUUGAUAAUCUCGAUGAGCUUGACAACAUAAAGAAAUACAUGCCCAACGCACAACUACUGCUUAGGAUAUAUGCAAAUGAUAGUAGUGCUGUUGUUUCUUUGGGGGAAAAGUAUGGUGCCCCACUUGAAUCGUGCCAUGCGCUUCUUGUACGCGCAAGAGAAUUGGAUAUGGAUGUUGUGGGAACAACUUUUCAUAUUGGUGACUGAGCGUUCGUAAAAUGAUCCAAGUUCUACAGGGCUAACUGUCUCAAGGAUCCUGUGCUUCAGAUCCCAACGCAAUUCGAGAAGCAAUUGCUCAUUCAAGAUUAGUCUGGGACAUUGCACAAUCUUUGGGAUAUUCCCUCAAGAUUGUAGAUAUCGGAGGAGGUUUUCAGUCCACAGAAACUGCAUUUGAUCCAAUGGCCACAGCUGCAUCUAGCGCCAUAUCUGAGGCAUCAUUCCCAGAGCAAACAGAAUUUAUCGGAGAGCCCGGUCGUUUUUACGCGUGUAGCGCAUUUACACUUGUUUGCCGGGUCAUAUCCCGUCGAAUAUCGACGGGACCGACAGCUUCCAAAGCAUUAGAAAUGCUAUAUCAAAACGAUGGGGUAUAUAAAAGUUUCAUGAAUGGGCUUACAGAGAAAGAAGUGUUUACACCAACCUUGAUAAAAGGCAAAAUCGAUGGUAAUGUAGGAAGGAAGACGGGAGAACAUGCCUAUACGAUCUGGGGUCCAACAUGUUCCAGCACGGAUUGUGUCACCCGCAGAGCUACUUUUCCGUGCGAGGUUAGGGUUGGUGAUUUUUUGGUAUACAGAAACAUGGGAGGUAAGAGCUCGCGCGGGUUAGCUGCUAACAAUAUACUGACGAAGCGUGCAGCAUAUACUUCAGCUACAGCGACACGCUUUAAUGGGUUCUCCAGUCAGGCGGUUACUAUCUACGUUUGUAGCCGUUCCAAGAAUUACGCUCAAGCUGAAGAAUGCAGCAGUGAAGUGGAAGAUUGCUCGAAAAUAGUGGAUGCGUCCAAAACUCCUACAGUCGAAUUAUAAUAUUUCUAGCAUUAUACUAAACUAUAGGAUUUGUCUCUUGUUAAGAGUACUUCUUAAGCAAAUUAUUCAUUUCUUAACAAGUGAUCGGUAACAUUCAUUGAUCAUUGGGGUGCUUCUUAGGGGCUUUUCGAAACAUGGGAGGAAAGCAUGUAUUUCAACACCUUAAUAUAUGUAUGUCAGCUGGGAUUUCCUUUAUAAUUCGAUUACACAGGAAUCAAAUUCAAAGUUACUCCAA